GACUAUACAGAUCAGCACAGGCCCGUUUUACACCGGUUGGUUUGUGCGGGAGUGGCUUUGAUCUAAGUGUCAAUAUUUACAGGUUGAUGUCACAAAGUAGCUUAAACUGCUUCAUUCAAAACGCCAUCCUGUGGACCUCAAUGAUAUGGUCCCUCUCAGCCAAUCACAGACAAGCCCGCAGAGAUCAAAGGGCAGAAGAGCCAACCGUAUCUGCUCCGGACACCCAUCCGGAGAUGCAACUUCUCUUCAGAGUAUAUAUUUGAGAGCCGCUCAUGACGUCCAGCGAGCCGCCGAUCAAAAACGCGCCUUCGUGGAGACGCGAGAAGAGGAAACGACCCGUGGAUGUUAUUCAAGGGGCCCGGUGAUUAGAACUAUUAACCCCGGGGCCGCCGUUCGGGAUGGCAACGGGCACCAGCGAGUGCAAGAGCGGCCAGCACCGCGUGGAUCACCUCCUCAGCGCCGUGGAGAGUGAGCUGCAGGCCGGCAGCGAGAAGGGCGACCCCACGGAGAGAGAGCUGACCGUCUCCCUGGACGACGGCGAGCUUUGGCGGAGGUUCAAGGAGCUGACGAAUGAGAUGAUAGUUACAAAGAACGGCAGGCGCAUGUUUCCUGUGAUGAAAAUCAACGUGUCGGGACUGGACCCGAACGCCAUGUAUUCUUUUUUGCUGGACUUCGCCUCGGCGGACAACCACAGGUGGAAAUACGUGAACGGGGAGUGGGUUCCCGGGGGCAAGCCCGAACCCCAGACCCCCAGCUGCGUGUACAUCCAUCCGGACUCUCCGAACUUCGGCGCGCACUGGAUGAAGGCUCCCGUGUCCUUCAGCAAAGUCAAGCUCACGAAUAAACUGAACGGAGGAGGUCAGAUAAUGCUCAAUUCCUUACAUAAGUAUGAGCCACGCAUCCACAUCGUUCGCGUUGGAGGCCCGAGGCGGAUGAUCACCAGCCACUCGUUCCCAGAGACACAGUUCAUCGCAGUCACCGCAUAUCAAAACGAAGAGAUAACUGCUCUUAAGAUCAAGUACAACCCGUUUGCCAAAGCCUUCCUGGACGCAAAGGAGAGAAGUGACACCAAAGACCUGAGAGAGGACGUCAGUGAAAACCAACACUCACCCUACUCUCAGUUAGGGGGCUGGUUUAUUCCCAGCACAGGUUCCCUCUGCUCCGCUGCCAGUCCUCACAGCCAGUUUGGCAGUCCCAUCUCCACGUCCCAGUCCCACGGCUGCGAGCGCUACUCCACCCUGAGGAACCAGCGCUCCUCUCCCUACACCAGUCCGUACCCCCAUCGAACCAGCUCCCCCUCCAGCUACUCUGAUAACUCUUCAACGUGUCUGUCAAUGAUCUCAACCCACGAUAACUGGUCCGGUCUGCAGAUGCCAACGCACUCCAGCACAAUGGCAGUGUCUCACAACUCCACCGCUGGUGCCACCUCCAGUCAGUAUCCAGGCCUGUGGUCUGUGACUAACUCGCCCCUGACUCCCGUGCCCCAGAAUGGAGAUUUGAAUAACGGCCUGAGUUUCCAGUUCCUCCGGGGGUCCGGCAGCCACUACCACAGCCUGUCCCACUCAGCCACGGGGCCCCCUGCUGGCUCUCCCCUGUACGACAGCGGCGCAGCCUCGGAAGUGCAUGAUGCGGCCCAGUAUGACGCCUCCCCACACGGACGUCUAUCAGCCUGGACCCCGGUUACGCCUCCACCCCUCUGAUGGAAGCGUGAGCUGGCAGGGAGAAAGCCAUGGGAUGCUGCUGCGGGAGGUCAAACCCGGCGUGCGAGGUCUGAUUCUGCAAACACAUCAAAAAUAUAUUUAAUAUGCAAGAAUAUUAGUUUGUCCCUCAUCCAGAUGUGUCUGUUAGUGUAUCAGGAAGUAAAUGUAAAUAUACAAUAUUUAUAAUGUAAAUAAAGCUUUUAAGGUUUCAUUAAAUGAAUAAGACUUUUAUCUCACAUUGAUAUUGUAAUAAAAGUGAAGGGAGCAAAGUGGUUUCAGUAAAUGUCAGUAUUCUGCUGCAUAGAUGAUACAAAAGAAACACACUUACCUGCU